AGCAGUUACCAUUCACUCAUUUCACUCCACCCAGCUAUACUACCAUUAUAAACUAUAAACCCAUCGCAGGCGCAUCCUUCGUCUUCCUCCUUCCAGAGCUCAGAGCUCCCAGCAAGCUAACAAGCUCCACCAGCCAAGAAAUGGCGCCACCAUCACUGAACAACCUCGACAGUUACCACUUCUGCUUCCUUCUCCUCGUGUCCACCAGCACCAUCUCCGCCGCUCUCACCGCCUCCUCCUACUCCUCCCUCUGCCCCUCCCUGAAACACGCCUCUGACAGCCACACCGAGGACGACGACGUCCUUUCACUCACCCGCUCCUUCCAGAUAUCCGCCGGUUACUUCUCUGGAGGAGCAGACAGUCUCUUCUCCACCGGCGAUGACCUCUACAACAGAAUAUAUCGCUCAUUUUCCGUUUUCCCCCACGGCGCCUCCCGCACCAGCGACCCGGCUCUUGCCCACCUCACCGCCACCCUCACCAUCAAAGGCCCCCACGGAGAACCAUACCAGGGCGAUCGACGCAGCCAUAAUUACCACUAUGAUAAUUACACUAUCGGCAGGUUCAGGUCCAGGUCCAUCUCCUUCUUCCUCGACGGCUACUACUCCUCCGCCUCGCUCCAGCUUUGCAUGGUCGGAACGGGCACCGAGCUCGCUGCCGACGGAUCUCUCAAGCUCUACAAGGAUAUCGCCCUCCGCCUCCACGUCCCCAGUCCUCCCACACUCACCGACCCCUUCGUAACCGGCACACUAGAGGGGCAUGCUGACUUGGGCAUCAUCCACCUCCUCGCGUACGCCGAGGGCGACGACUACAAGUACGGAUCAGAGGGUGUGGCCUGCGACACACCGAAGCAGCAGACAAGGGGCUCGCUCCAAGCGCUCGGCAGCAUCAACUCCACCUGGUGUGCUCACCUGAAAGAACAUCUCGUGACCUCGUACAUGCUGCAGGAGCAAAGCGGUGCCGCCCUCCUGCGGCGGAUGCACGUCAACCAGGUGCGGUGCAACACAGACGGCACUGUGCGCGCGUACGUGGGGUUCUCCAACGAUACUGGGCCCGAGAGGCGCGGGUACUACUACCGUCGAGGCCGCUUCGUGGUCGACGAGGAGGCGGUGGUGGCCGAGGGGCGCUGGGACCGGGAUCGUGGCGUGCUCUGCCUCCGGGUGUGCCGGGUGGUGCGCUCGUCCUUGGCUCCAUCUGUUCUGACGGUGCAAGAGCACGAGUGUGGGAUCAGGAUGAGCUUCUGGUUCCCGGCCGUGUGGACGAUGCGGAGCCGGAGCCUCGUGUCUGGGAAGCUUUGGAAAUCGACGGGCAACAACGAUGAUGCCGAACUUAUGAGCGGUGCGAUAACAGUGUCGAGCAUCGACGACUCCGACAACCACAGAAGCAGUGACCUCUCAGAUGUGAAGUACAGCUACAACGACACAAUGCUUGAGGAGGCCAAGAAGCAUUAUCGUCUGAAAAUAGAAACGGAGAAGAUCAAGGAGUCUCACUCCUUCCCGGGUAACUAUACUUACCGUGACUUUGUGUUCGACUUCUACCAGCAGCAGGGCGACGGGCACGGACAAGCCUUCCCAGUCACACUUGGUUCGGCGAUGGUGUCCGGCGAUAGGCUGGCCGCCGACGAUUCUUUCUCGCAGCUUGUUGAGGCGGAGCAGGAUCCUCUGAUGAGCGUGAGCUACGACAUACACCACAAUGCUCCACCUGACAACUGGGUGCGUCCUGGGAAUGUGCUAAAUUACUCAGUUCACCUCCAAGAACGGCGAAUCCUAGCAGAGGGUGUCUAUGAUCCAAAGAGGGGCCUCCUGUUCAUGAUCGGUUGCCGAGAGCGCAACGGUUCGACCGAUUGUCAGAUACUUGUGACAGUGCAGUUUGCCUCCCUUGAAGCCAGGGGAGGGCACGGCAAAGGAGUAUUCAACAGCCUCAGAGAGAAGACCGAUCCUCUUUUCUUCGAGAAGAUCGACAUUACUCUGUAUGGGAUGUACUCCGACCAAGUGUCGGCGGAAAUUUCGAGGAUGGACCUGGAGAGCAUCAUGCUGGUGGCUUCCGCGACGCUGUCGUGCGUCUUCGCCGUCUUGCAGAUCCUCCACACCAAGAAGAACCCCGAGGCGGCCGCGGGAACAUCCAUCGCCAUGCUCGCCAUCCUCGCAUUGGGGUACCUCACUCCUCUCCUGCUCAACUUUGAGGCCAUGUUCAAGAGCAGGAGGAGUCGGUACUUUGCCUACCCGAUGGGCGGGUCGCUUGAGAUGAACGAGGCGAUGCUGAGAGCGCCUAUUCUCGUCGCCUUCGUUCUGCAGCUGCGCCUCCUACAGCUGGCGUGGUCCGGCCGCCAGAGAUCAGCCGACCAAACCAUACCGUCGUCACCCGUCAUCGUGUCGGAGAGGAUUGUGCUGCAGAUAUGCCUACCGUUGUACCUGCUCGGAGGAAUCCUGGCCGCGACCAUCCACGUGAUCAACGCCCAUGCCGGAAGCGAGGACACACAAGUCAUUCGGGUCGUUCGCGUCGGCGAAGAGCCAGCCACGAUCUGGGACUGGGAGUACCUCGUGUCAUACGCAGGACUGAUACUAGACGGCUUCCUGCUCCCUCAGGUGAUUCUGAACGCGUCCUUGGCAGCUUCAAGAGUUCGAGCGCUCUCGCCAUGGUUUUACAUAGGGUGCACCAUGACCCGCGUGAUGCCUCACGUGUAUGAUGUAGUCAGGGCCAAGAUCUACGAGCCAAGCAUAAACCCCUCCGACAUAUACGCCAGCCCUCGCAGCGACCUCUUCGGUGUUGCGUGGGACAUCGUCAUACCAUGCGGAGCAGCAUUGCUAGCCGUGUUGGUGUUCUUGCAGCAGCGGCUUGCAGGCGCCGCGUCGCUUCCAUCUCAGAGGAGGAGAUCAGGUGGAUACGAGUUGGUCGCUACUCUUUAACCUCUAGGCUCUAACUUAAAACAGGGUCGUUCCUCUUCAGCAAAUAAAAUGUACCUCCACA